UGCAUAGACUUACACGCAAAUUCAUCCCGGCGGUAAGUGCGUCUACACACUAAAGUGACUUUACGUAGGCUAGCAGACGAUCGACAGCACUGCCCGACUGUAUGCAUCUUGCUUGUUUUUCUCGCGAUUUAUUCCAAACGGGCCGAUGGAGAGGUGGACUGUAUAUCGUGGAGAUAUGGCAAUUUCUUGAGGAACAAUCGUGGAGAAAUUAAGCAAAAUGAAACGUCUUGUGAGGGUGCUGGACGGGCUCACGGCGGGGGUGGGAUCCAGCUCUUCUCCGAAGGAUUCAGAUGUUGUGGAAUCUCUGACACCGGAGCACUUCAAUGUAUGCAAGGUUGUUCGCCAUGGAUUCCCGUUUGAACCGACCGCCAUGGCAUACGACCCUGUCCAGAACAUCCUGGCCGUGGGAUCCAAGAACGGCUCAAUGAGAAUGUAUCCUUUAUAAAUUUGUUGACUUUUUGGGGGGAUUUGUGCCCCCUCCCCCUCCUCGAUUCAUGUCUUCAUUCCCCUCUCAACUUGUUUCAGUUAACCUAUCAUACGCCAGACAUCAACCUCUCCCACCAUCCUUUCGUUCCCCCAUCAUCCUCCCCCGAUGUUCCCCCAUCCCACCUUUUUCCCUCCCCAUCCCCCACCGCCCCUUUAUCAUUAAGUCCCCUCUCUCCUGCACUCCUGCCACACUUCCAUCCUUUCCUUCUAUCCUUGUACUCAUGUCCAACCCCCUCUCCAACCCUCAUCUUCCCCCUUACCGUAGUCCUUCCACUCGCCCAUCAUCCUCCCUUCCCGUCUCACCUUCCUUCCCCACCCCUCAUCAUCCCCAUUAAUCUUUCCCUUCCCUACCAUCCAUAUUCCCCCUUUCCCAUGCUAGCACCCCUCUCCAGUCAAUACAAUCCUCCACCUCCUACCAUUAUUAUUAUGCUGACCCAUCAUCUAUUAGCUUCCCCCCACCAUCCUCCCAUACCCACCAUUCUCCCCUCCCCGCCUUCUUCACUCCCCCCCCUUCAUCUCUAUCAUCCUUGAUGAUCCUUCUCUCCAUUACCCUCAUCCCUUCGCUCUGCCUCACUAACAUCCCCUCCCACUACCCUCCU